CAAUGUGAGAGAAUAUAUAGGAGGAAAAUUAGGGAAGAAAUUAAAAAAAUGCGUGGGUGGACAUUGGGCUUGGGCUUGGGCCUUAGUUUUCUAAAUUAGAAUUUGGCGCCGUUUCAAGUGUAAAAAAAAACGAUUUCUUCCGGCGAGAUUCGCUAGUCGAGACAUGAGAUGGCUUAGAUAUCUGAACCAAUGGCAUGGAACAGCGAAAGAAGCAUUCCAUCAAGUUUCAAUCGUCGCCAAGUUUCUCUGUUUGCUUCAUGUCACCGAUCGUUACAUAGUCUCCUCCACCCACGUUCAAGGUCCGAGCAUGCUUCCCACGCUUAAUCUUACCGGCGAUGUCAUUUUGGCUGAACAUUUGUCUCACCGGUUGUUCGGUAAGAUUGGUCUUGGAGACAUUGUAUUGGUUCGAUCUCCGACAGACUCAACGAUGAUGUUGACAAAGCGGGUCUUAGGUUUAGAAGGGCACAGACUCUCUUUCUAUGAUGACCCAUUGGUCUGUGAUGACUCAGUUAGCGUUGUGGUUCCAAAAGGUCAUGUUUGGAUAGAGGGAGAUAACGUGCAUGCUUCAACUGAUUCACGUAACUUUGGACCUGUACCUUACAGUCUUAUCGAAGGGAAAUCUCUUCUGCGGGUCUGGCCACCACGAUGCUUUGGGUCUUUGAGGUGA